AGAGGGCGGGAAUAAAUGUGUGGUUUGGGAGUUUGGGAGGCAGUCGGACAGUCAGGCAGCAGACACGGGAAGUUGUCCUCAAGGAAUUUCUGACAGUAAUGGAAAAUGUUGAGGGUCAGGAAUGCAGUGUACUGUAGAAUAACCACAACUCAUCCUUAUUAGAAUAUAGAAGUGGUUCCUAUCAAACCUUGACUUUUAAGACACAAAGGUAACGUUAACGGUAAAAUCAAUGAGUUCUGCGGACACCAGACGUAAGGCAGGAUACAGAAAUGGAGGGGGAACGAAGAAAGGAUUCGUCCAGAAGGUCCAUUCUCCUCACCCGGCCCUAAAUGAUUCAUUGGAGGGAGAUAUUCAGGCCUUCCUCAUUGAUGAAGACCAACUCCACACUUAUGACGACCUCACCAAAGUUAACCCAGUGACCCCAACAACAGUGCUGAAAUGCCUGCAGGCCAGGUACAGUGUGAAGGUGUUUUACACCAAUGCUGGCUGCACCUUAGUGGCUCUUAACCCCUUCCAGCCAUUCCCAGACCUCUACUCUCUGGAUGUGAUGAAGGAGUAUCACUGCGCUCCUCAGCCCCAGGAGUUCAAACCACACAUCUUUAUUGUGGCGGAAGAAGCCUACAGGAAUGUUCAGGGCCAGCUGGAGCCAGUGAACCAAUCAUUGGUGGUCAGCGGUGAGAGCGGUGCAGGAAAGACAUGGACGUCUCGCUGCCUGAUGAAAUACUACGCCACUGUGGCGGCCUCCUCCUCAGUGUUGAAGAGUCAGGACACAGUGGAGAGGAUAGAGAGGAGGGUGCUGGACUCCAACCCCAUCAUGGAAGCUUUCGGCAAUGCCUGUACGCUACGGAACAACAACAGCAGUCGCUUUGGAAAGUACAUCCAGCUCCAGCUAGACAGAUGUCAGCUGUUAGUGGGGGCGUCCGUGCAAACAUAUUUGCUCGAGAAGACCAGGGUGGCUUGCCAACUGGCUAAUGAGAGGAACUUCCACAUAUUUUACCAGAUGAUGAAAGGGGCCACGGAUGAGCAGAGAAAGGAGUGGAAGAUGCCAUGUGGCCAACACUUUGUGUGGCUGCCAAAUUCUGAAAAAACAUUGGAGGAGGAUUGUUUUCUUGAGACUGUCGCGGCAAUGGUUCAUCUGGGCAUUAAUGCAGAAAGGCAGAGACAAAUAUUUAAGAUAUUAGCAGGGAUUCUGCAGUUGGGGAAUUUGAAUUUCUCCUCUUCAACGGAUGAAUCACAACCAUGUAACCUAGAUGAACAGUCCAAAGACUUCUUGCAGAGGGCCGCGGAGCUGCUGUGUGUCCCUGCUGAGGAGCUUCAGAUGUGUUUUAGAGUGAGGACGUUGAAGGCGGGGAAGCAGAGUGUUCUCAAGCCCUGUUCCCAGGCAGAGUGCAGCAUGAGGAGAGACUGCCUGGCCAAGGCCAUCUACGCCCAAUUAUUUGAGUGGUUGGUUACAUUCAUCAACAACAGCAUAUGUGCAGGCACAUCCACAUGGUGCAACUUCAUAGGAGUUCUAGAUGUGUACGGGUUCGAGUGUUUCCAGAUCAACAACCUGGAGCAGCUGUGCAUCAACUACGCCAAUGAGAAACUGCAGCAGCACUUUGUGGCUCAUUAUCUCCGAGCUCAGCAGGAGGAAUAUGUGUCAGAGGGGUUGGAGUGGUCCUUUGUCAAAUACAAAGACAACCAGAGCUGUCUGGAUCUUCUAGAGAGAAGCCCUGUCGGUGUGUUUUCUCUACUUAAUGAGGAGAGUCGUCUUAAUCGAGCCUCGGACCCAAAGACAUUCAGAGUUCGUUUGGAGAAGGAGCUCGGUGAUAAUGCCAACAUCAGCUGGGACAAGUUCAGCAAGGAGCCACACUUCACCGUGGCCCAUUACGCUGGCAAAGUCAACUACCAGAUGGAGGGGAUGGUGGAGAAAAACAAGGACCCAGUGCCACCAGAGCUUAUUAACCUGCUGCAGAAGUCUGACAGCCCCCUGCUUCACCAGAUCUUCACCGACAGCGAAACUGAGAAUCCAACUACCAAGGGGCUCAGUAAAGUCACUGUGGUCUCCAAGUUCAAGAACUCUCUGGAGAGCCUGAUGAAGAUCCUCCACAGCACAACUCCUCACUACACUCGCUGCAUCAAGCCCAACCCAGACUGCAAUCCGAUGAGCUUCAAAAAGGAGGAGGUUAUCAUGCAGCUGGAGGCCUGCGGGAUUGUGGAGACUAUUCAUAUCAGUGCUGCUGGCUUUCCCAUAAGAAUUCCUUUCAAAGGCUUCAUGCAACGCUACGGACUGAUAGAAAAAUAUUCACAUUUCAAGUCGGGGAGUCAUUGUGUUGAUGUGGAGGCUGACAGCAACAACGUUUUUCGGCAAGAGGUGGAGAAGCUCCUCAGGGUCGUGUUACAGCACAAGGCGUUUGACCCCUCGCACAAACUUGACAGUGAAAAACCCAAUUCAUGGGUGCACUGUGGAAGGACUAAAGUUUUUCUUACCCAAUCGAUGCUAGAUUUGCUGGAGGAUCAGAGGAAGAAGAUCCUGUCUCAGUGUGCCUUCUCAAUUCAGUGCUGCUGGCAGCGGUACCAGCGCCGCAGAUGUCACGCCCGCCAGCAGUCUGCUACUCUUAUCCAAGCAGCGCUGCGGUCCUGGCUGGUCAGGAGGCGGGUCCAGAGAUGGAACAGAGCAGCUGCAGUCAUCCAGAACACCUGGAGGAAGUGGAGGGCCCUAUUGAAAUCCUUGGCUGAGGCAGAACUGGAUGAUGCAAAGGACUUUGUGAGGGCGGAUGAUGCGCCAGCAUUGGACCCUGUUAUCAGGGAGCGGGGUUUGGUGCAGCUCUCCUCCAUCCAGGAGCCUGUCACAGUGCGUGGGUGGCCCAUGGGCCUGGCUCUGGCCUCGGCCCCGUCCAUCACCAUGUCUAUGACAGCCACAGGCUUCCAGAAGAUGAUGUCUGUGAUGGCCUCCCUCAGCCUGCCCUCCACCAGAGGGGGGUAUAAGGUGGAGCCAAACCAGUACUCCCAGGGACUAGCCUCCAUACGGGCUCAACCAAAGAGGUCUGUAAAGCUGCACUAUCGGCGAUCUCCACUACUCUAUGCUGACAGGCAACCAGACAUGAAGAGUGACGUCACAGGGCUCAACGCGAUCCUCCUAGAGAAAACUUUGUAAGAGUUCUCCCCUAUGCACGACACUAAAGGCUGAUGUCACGGACACAGAUUAAGGACAAUCUGGCACCCAGUUGUUUUUGCAGGGAAGCAUCUGCUCUUCCAUAAUCUGACACAGAGGGAACAAACCUGCUAUUUUAUGAUGUCAUUUUGUUAAAUGUGUUUAAAGUUUUUAUUUACAACUCCAACUUUUUUUUUUUUUUUUUUUUAAUAAUGCCAAAGUUUCAUUUUGCAUCUCAAUUUGUGUUCUACAAGGAUGUGAAACCUGCACCCUGGCAUUAUAAUAUUUGAACUCACCAGGAGGUCGGGUAAGAUAAUGCACUGUGCCAUGAACCUGAUUUACUUAUCAUAAAUCAUUUUUAGUUGCAUUCAGGCUCUAGGGACAAAAAAAUAAAUAAAUCAUCUCUAAUUCAAAAUCUCAGACAGUAGACUGUCCAGAAACACUGACCACUGACCUGCCACAUCUAAGAUAAGAAAUAUAGAAAACAGUGAAUGGGGUGUAAGUUGUGGUGAUGUUACUGCAGGACGAGACAAACUCAGAAUCAUUUUUAUGAGUCUUUGUCUGGAGAACUGAAGUGACAUGGCACAACCUUAGCGCCUUUAAAAACAGGACUGCAGGUUUUUGUGUCAUUGCUGCCUCUUUGGAACAUCUUGACUAUUGAUCAAAGUAUUGAACCUUUGACGAGUGCCUUUCUUAAAAUCUACACUCAAAUGACAAAUGGGCUGCUAGUGUAUUUAUUUAAGGAUGAUUAUUUAUGUGUGAUUUUAUAGAUUUAUUUUUGGUGUAAAAACACAUGGGUCAGAUGCAGAUAUGAUUGCAGAUGUAAUGGGGGGGGUAAUUAAGCAAGUUUUGCACAUGUAAAGCACAUAUUGCACAUUAAAACCACACAUACAUCAACAGACAGACAUGAACAAGCUGACACAUUACUUACGUGAAACAGGGAAAGGAUGAACCCAGGUUUAUUUAAAUUGCUGCUUUUUUGUUUGAUAAAGGGUCUUUCUUAUAUGCGUUAUGUGUAAAAUGUUUGACCAAACCACUUCCUGUGUGGAUUUUAAUCUGCUGCAGUCCAAAGCAUUAAUGCAAGCGCUGUAUAACAUACCAAAGUAUUUUUACACUAGUGUUUCAUGUGGGAGAACAAAUGUCUCAUUAUAG